AGACCGGGGCAAGUUGGCAACAGGGGUAAGUUGGCACACUUGAAAUAAUUCAAAUAUUUACCGUUAGAUCGGUUUGUAAUUCAUACCAUAGGAUCAUCACUUGCUUCCGCAGUCACCAACAAGCUACCAAACCAAGAGGUUGCAGGGCUUGACUGGAGUGAGGAAAAAAUUGAUUUUGAUGCUGAAAUGGUUCGAAGCUACAAACGGAAAACUGAGAGGGCCUCUAUCCCUGCCGACGUUAUAUUGGGGGCUGCUAAACGUGUUAAGUGUGAACACAAGCCAAUCAGAGGAGUUGCAAAGGAUUUCGCCAUACCAUUUCGAACACUAGCACGUUAUUGCAAGAAGAUAACUCAUGAGCAACUGAAGGGUGAAGAUAAAGCAACGCUUAGAGUAGGCUAUGCUGCACACAGGAAAGUCCUCUCAGAUGAUCAAGAAAAGGAACUUUCUACAUAUCUUAAACAAGCAGCAGAUAUUUAUUACGGAUUAUCUGUGAAAGAGGUAAGAAAGUUAGCCUACCAGUUUGCUGAAGGUGCAAAUAAAACUUUUCCUCCAUCAUGGAAAGAAAACAAGAUGGCUGGUUCUGACUGGUUUUCUGGAUUCUUAAAAAGGAACAAGGACCUUUCCAUAAGGUCUCCAGAGGCCACUAGCCUCUCAAGAGCAACAAGUUUUAACAAAACAAAUGUUGCAUUAUUUUUUGAUAACCUGCAGUCUGUCCUUAAUCGGCAUAAUUUAGGUCCUAGUGACAUUUGGAACAUGGAUGAGACAGGGGUAACAACAGUACAGAAACCCAAUAAAGUUGUAGCACGCAAAGGCUUCAAACAAGUAGGUAAAAUGACUUCAGGUGAAAGAGGAACUCUUGUAACAAUUGCUGUUGCAGUCUCAGCAACUGGCAAUGUAGUUCCGCCUUUUUUUAUCUUCCCUAGAGUGCAUUUCCGUGACCAUUUCAUUAACAGUGCUCCUCCUGGUAGUUCAGGAGCUGCCAAUCCAUCAGGAUGGAUGAAGGAGUCACAUUUUUUGGAGUUUUUACAACAUUUUGUAAAGCACACUAAAUGUUCUAAGGAAAAGCCAGUUCUUUUGUUAUUAGACAAUCACGGCUCGCAUUUGUCCAUACAGGGCCUUGAUUUUGUAAGGUCAAUGGCAUCACUGUCCUUUCAUUUCCACCACACUGCUCACACAGGCUGCAGCCACUUGAUGUUAGUGUCUAUGGACCUCUGAAAAAAUUAGUCAAUAGAGCAUGUGACUCAUGGAUGACCACACACCCUGGAUCUACUAUGACCAUCUAUGACAUUCCAAACGUAGUGUCCACCGCUUUCCCACUUGCUGUGACGCCACAUAAUAUUUUGGCUGGGUUUAGGGCUGCUGGAAUUUCACCCUUCAACAGAGACAUAUUCCAGGAUUCUGAUUUUUUGGGUGCUUACGUGACUGACAGACCAGAGGAAGAUCAACAAGAAACGCAAGUGUUUCAGGCCAGCGAAAUCAAUGUUCAGCCUGCGACAAAUUGCCUGGACGGCAAUGACACACCAAGACCCUCUACUUCUGGACUCUGUGGGAAGAAAGCCCCAACUCCUGAAGAACUGAGACCAUUGCCUAAAGCUGGUCCCAGGAAGGGAAGUGGAAUGAACAGGAGGAAACGCUCUUCUGCCAUUCUGACUGACACUCCAGUGAAAAAGGCACUAGAAAAGAUAUCAAAAGAAAAAUGCACAAGACAAAAAGAACCUUAUUUCCAGAAGCAAAGAAGAAGCAAUCAAAGAAAUCAAAACGUGUUCAUGGUGACGAGGAAAGUUCAGAUGAAGAGGACAGUCUCUGUUUGGUAUGCAUGGAACCUUUUUCCAAAAGCAAACCACAAGAAGUGUGGAUACAGUGUAUAAUGUGCAAGUUGUGGGCCCACGAAGGCUGCACUGAUAAAGAUUUGUUUUAUACAUGCCCCAACUGUGACUCAGACGAUGAUUUAGAUUAAGUUCACCUUAAGUGUUAAGUAUUCUGUGCAAUUAUUACCUUGAAGUGCAGUUAUAUUCAAUAGGAUGUAUGACACCUAGUCAGUUUUUUAUUUUAUUUUAUAAAAGGUUACUUUCUUUACUAAGAAAAGAUUUCUAAGUUUCUAUGGAACUGAAUAUUCUUGAAAUGAAACAUUAUGAAUACGGUAUAUACUCUGUAUCUAAAUUUACUGUUACAUAUUUCUAAUUUGCUAGAAAUAUUUGCUGUGCCAACUUACCCCAUAGUGUGUGCCAACUUACCCCGUACAUGGGGCAUGUUGGCACAGGCAAAAUGUUUUUUUCGAAAGAAUGCUGUGCUUUUGUUUCGAAAGAAAAUUAUUUUUUUAUUAAAUGAAAAGUAAGAGGAAGAUUUAUAUUUUUCACUGGAAAUAAAAAAUUACCAAAAUACUUUGUUGCUUUUCUUCCAUCACCAAAAAUGUAAAAAGUGUGCCAACUAGCCCCGGUCUCCCCUAC